AUGGGGAAGAGGCCGCCGCACCUGUCCGACAUAGAGGCGGCCCGCUACCCCCCACCACCACCUCCUACUUUCCACAUGCCACAGCCUCGGCAGUGGCUCUCAUGGUUGGUGCCACUCAUUUUUUUGGCCAACAUUGCAAUGUUCGUGUAUACCAUGUACGAAAAUGAUUGCCCUGCCUACUUAAGCGACGAGGUUUGCCUCUUCACUGAAUAUCUGGGCAGGUUCUCCUUCCAACCUUUCAGGGAAAACCCUCUCCUUGGCCCUGCCGUCCGCACGCUGCGGCUAUUAGGGGCCCUUGAAGAGGACCUAGUGGUGCACAAAUAUGAAGUAUGGCGCUUCUUUUCCUGCAUGUUUCUUCACGCUGGAGUCGUGCAUUUAGUAGCCAAUAUGUUCAGCCUUCUAUUUAUAGGAGUUCGGCUUGAGAAUGAAUUCGGAUUUGUGAGAAUUGGAUUCUUAUAUAUCCUUUCUGGUUUUGGCGGAAGUUUGCUGUCGAUGAUGCAUAUGAAAGAAUCUGCGACAAGUACCGUAUCAGUUGGUGCAUCUGGAGCACUUUUUGGUCUUCUGGGAGCCAUGCUUUCUGAGCUUCUAACCAACUGGAGUAUCUAUGCAAAUAAGUGUGCAGCUCUUACAAGCCUAUUGAUCAUUGUUGGCCUAAACUUGGCUGUUGGGUUUCUACCCCAUGUGGACAAUUCAGCUCAUGUGGGAGGGUUUUCGGCAGGAUUUUUACUCGGUUUUAUUCUUCUGAUGCGCCCUCAAUAUGGAUACGUAAAUCGCAAAUACAUACCUCCAGGAUAUGAUGUGAAACGUAAAUCCAAGUACAAAUUCUAUCAAUAUUUCUUCCUGAUCGCGGCACUGAUCAUUUUACUUCUCGGAUUUGCAUAUGGCCUGGCUGACCUGUAUAUAGGAAAUGCAGCCGACAAAUUUUUCUUCCUAGACAGUUAUCCACGAUGA